AUGCACAGCACACUCUCGCGUCUCAACGCGGUCUCGGCGUUCGCCACCACCAUCGUGCUGGUUCUCGUGGUGCUCAUCGACUUCACCCGCUUCGGCACGCACAAACCUACAGGCAAAGUGGUGAUCAACCAGCUCGAAGUGGUGCGUGCCAAAGCAGCAUGGCAUAUGGAUCGCAACAUUCAAGACUUUGUCGAGGUCAAUUUCAACAUCGACGCCGACUUCGAGCCGCUCUUCGAUUGGAACACUAAACAGGUCUUUGUCAGUUUGGCCGCCAGCUACGAUUCGGCGAAACACGUCAAGAACGAGGUCGUGAUUUGGGACCGCAUCCUGCGCUCCAAGCAGGACGCUCAUGUUGCAUUGAACACCGCCAAAAACAAGUACGGCUUCCGUGAAGUCGGUCGAACCUUCAAAGGAAUCCAAAACACAACCUUCACCCUCAAAUACAACAUCAUGCCCAAGGUGGGUCUCUUGCACUACGCAGACGAAUUCACUUCGCAAUCCAUCCAGAUCCCUCCCAAACACCUUCUCCCAAACGGCGAACAGCCCAAGAUUCAAAGACUUUACUACUAG